UUCUCGAAUGCUGUUCUUCACCCCGUUACCUCGAUGACGGAUUAUCGGGAAAUGCAACACCAUUCAAACCGUCGUUUUGCACUUGCUGAGGCCGUCGGGGAGUUCUGGCUCUUAGUGGAUGACCGGCGACAACGAAAUGGCUUCAACGGAAACAAAUCCUUCGUUCCAUGUCGUAGGAACACCUCAGUCUCAAUUUUCGAGUUCCUCUUCCCGGACUUCGAACGCUGGACUCCGUCGAAUUGCGGUCGAACCUUGGUUGUCAACUUCACCUUGUCUUGUCUACUCGUCAACUCUAAUAGGAGAGCUACCCUAGGAAGGACUUUGGAUCCUUACGUCGUGGUUUUUCUCAAGGGUGGUGGGGAGACCGGGUCAAAGCAGGGAAAAGAUGAACUGGACAUCAUGAUCGGGAGGAGAGGGUAUAUCGCUGGUCGAUACUCACCGGAGGCCAUGAAGCUCGCAGACUUUACAGCAUUCUCUCUUCUUGGCGGGUUCUUUUUGGGAAUGUUUUCGCUUCUUAUCCUUUUCUCAACCUACGCGGUGAUGACUUCAUCUAUCACGCUUCGCGCGAAGCUCUUCAAAGUCGGCAUUACCUUCGUCCUGUAUGGAAUAUCCAUCGGUAACCUCGUUGGUACCAUCGCGAUAUGCACCAUUCCGAUGGAGUUGCGCACCUUUCUCACAGUAGAACAGCUGGUGAUACUACUCGGUGCCACAAAUUAUAUGUUGUCCGAUGCGGUAGUGAUCUGGCGAUGCUGGCUUUUAUGGGGAAAGAGCCGUUGGGUCCUGAUAAUACUUGCCGUGCUAUACACAGCCGCUUUUGCCAGUGCUAUAGCGUCCGUUGUAUCCCACAUCAAUGACACGUCCGCCACGCUGAGAGCGAAAGUCAUGCUCAAUGCGGAUGAUAGGUAUAAUGUCAUUAUGUGGUUUCUGUCGCUCGGUACGAAUGUGUUUGCUACGAUGAUUGUCGCCUUCAAGGCAUGGAAGCACCGGAGACAGCUGAGAGCGAUCCUUCAUGACGGAAGCAGGAAGAAUCAACUAGAGAGGCUCAUGACACUUCUGGUUGACUCGGGCGUGUUAUACUGUGUAAUCUGGAUCGCCUUCAUUAUUGCCUUUUCGUUGACAGAAACCGAUAGUCGCAUAAUGAACGUGAUAAUGGUCGAGAUUGCGGGUAUCUAUCCGACGAUUCUGAUUGUGCUCAUCAACUAUAGAACGACCCAGCGUGACAACGAGUGGGGCUAUGGCCGCAAUGACCUUGAAGUUCAACGGCAAGAGCGUAGGAGGGUGGAAGCAAGUCAACCCAGUAGGCCUUAUGAUCUCCACGGGGUCUUCAUCACUCAAGAUCAGUCCCAUGGUGAUGAUGUGGUCAGUGGUGGAAUGCAGGAAGUUGAUAUAGCGGAUAGGAAAGUCCCGGGGACUUUGCUGUAG